UGUCUGUAACUUGAAAUCUUUAAACCAUGAUUUGAGGACUUCAGUAACUCAGCCAGAGGUUAUGGGCCUAUUUCAGGAAUGGGUGAGGUUUGGUGACCUGAAAUAUGUAGGAGAUCAGACUAGAUGGUCACGAUGGUCCCUUCUGACCUUAAAGUCUAGGAGUCCAAUAUAGUUCAAUGGCUGAUGAAGGGCUGGACUUGGGCACUUUGUUAUUUGAAAGGUUCCUGGAAACUCCUGAGACAUUAGACUUUAGUAGUAUGAUACUAUAUUAGUAGGAUCAAUUUUAGGUCAUUUUUUUAGAGGAUUCUUAAAUUUAUUACAUGUCUUUUUCCUCUGUCUGUGCAGUUGGAUUGAUGUUACUAAAGGACCUGGGCUUUACAGGUGAAGGGAUGUGAAAAAUAAUCAUGCUUUUUUUUUUUUUUUUUUUUUAAAAGAGAAAUUAAACUGUGAAGUAUUUCUGAAAUAUGUGGCAUCUACAGAAUAAAUGAUAGUACCGUUUGGCGUAACGGCUUUAUUGGCACUCAUUUGGGGAGCUCUGAAUAACUCACCCAUGACUUGGCCACUUGUGAAUAAUGUGGCCAUUGCUAACUCGUUGAUGAAGCAUCUGUGUAUCUAAUCACCAUUUAUAAAGUGCUUUACAUCACACCAUCCUGUAUUCUCAUUCCCUCUCUUACCGUAACCCAUGGUAUGUGUUUAUAUAACAGUUUGCUAUCCAAAGGACCUGAAUGAUGCAUUGAAUUUCUGGUGUGGGGGUACUUUUUAUUUUAAGGGUUAAUGGUGACUCCGGAAAACCUUACUUGUUCAAGUAGUCAGCAUUACUCAGGCGAGUAAGGAAAGUAGGAUCAGAGCAUUUCAUUGGAAGAGGCACUUUUAGGGGGUCAGGGCGAUGAUACCACUCCCUCCCUAGUUUGAAAGGAUGAGUACAAAGUUAAUACCGACCAGGGUUUACAGACGUGGAAUACAUUUGUCUUCAGGGCUGAGCUCUCUUGUAUCAAACAACUUCCUUUUCGAUUGUAUUAAAGUAAAAAUAAUCUCCCUGUUCUCACUUCAAACAUUUUUCAAGUAUUUUUAAAAAUACAUGUACACUUUUGGUUAAAAGCAGACAUCCAUUUAAAACAGAUACCCAGGCUAAUGCAAAGAUACUGAGGUUAAAACAUGUUUAAAAGUGGAAAUACUCUUACAAUGGAAAGCUUCAACAGAACUCAAAUAAAAAUACUUUAUUAAAAAAAUAAAUUCAAGUGUACAAAAAAACUGUGUGCAGGUAUCUUCACUUUCACUCCAUCAGUCUGAAAAUUAUCUUCCCUAGUCCUGCUCCCAAAUCAAGCCUUUUUCUAUGUUCCUGCUGCCCCCUUCACUGGAACUUUCCAUCUCUUCAGCUCGACAUUGCCAUGCCGCAAUUCAGCUUGUUUUACAGAAUGGCCUGAUCCUACUCCCGUUGCAGUCCAUGGCAGAAUUCUUACUGAUCUCAGUGUCAGCAAAAUGUGGCUAUUUUCACUGGCAUUCAGGGCUGUGUAUAUAUUACCUUGAGCGAAUCCAUGAGCUACAUUCUGGAAGAGGAGGGAAGUGAAAUUCAGCCGCUAAGCAAACUAAUCCAAUAAGCGUGACUCGUCUACCAAUAAUUACCAGUGGCACAAUUGUUUUUACUUUAUUAUUGUCUUACUCCAGCUGAUUGGUUUGGGUAUGUUGUUUUCAUGUCUAGCACAUGCAUACUGAGGAGGUGCUGUCUUUUGUGAUCUACUUGUGACUUGUUCCAUGUGCACUAGGAAAUUAACCCAUUGCUGAUAAUGGUUAUCAGGAUCCCCCUGAAAUGGUGGUCAAAACAGCUGUCCUGGUAGCAUAGAUGAAGUGAUGGGAAGGAAACUGUAUUCAGCACCCGUAUACAAUUGAGACCUGAUUCCACCAAGUCAGGAAAGGGGAAAUUUCCUAGUGUAGAUGGUGCCUUAGAGAUGAUAAACCAACAGAUAAUCAGUGCUUCCUUGUUCCCACACCCUGCUGGCAGCCAUUAUGGAUGAAGAGCUCGCGUCUGUCCUCUCUUUCAGAGUGAAUGAGGCAGAAAAUGUGGCCGGGGCUCAAAUCGUCUUUGUAUUAAGCAGGCUUGCUGAUGUCUCAAUCAGAAAACAGUUACAUCAGUUUGGACAGACCAGUGCUGCUACUCUUCCAAAUUAUUGUGGCUUUCUUGAAAACCUACAAAGGAAACUUAGAUUCUUCAGGCAAAUUUUGGCUGGUAGAGAUUCUGGAUAACAGAUAAAACGAUUUGACCACCAUGAGUUGGAGUUUCUUGACUCGUCUGUUAGAGGAAAUCCACAAUCAUUCAACAUUUGUUGGCAAAAUCUGGCUGACGGUUUUGAUUGUCUUCCGGAUUGUCCUUACUGCUGUGGGAGGGGAAUCCAUCUAUUAUGAUGAACAAAGCAAGUUUGUGUGCAACACGGAACAACCAGGAUGUGAGAAUGUUUGCUAUGAUGCUUUUGCUCCCCUUUCGCAUGUGAGAUUUUGGGUAUUUCAGAUCAUUCUUGUCGCUACUCCAUCGGUGAUGUAUUUAGGCUAUGCCAUUCAUAAAAUUGCCAGAAUGGUGGAACAUAACGAACCUGACAAAAGAACCAGGAGCAAAACCUUUUCAAUGCGCUGGAAACAACACCGUGGCUUGGAGGAGACAGAGGAUGACCACGAAGAAGACCCAAUGAUGUACCCAGAAAUAGAGCUAGAAAGUGAGCGGGAGAACAAGGAGCAGCCAGCCCUCACUAAAGCAAAACACGAUGGCAGGCGGCGAAUUCGAGAGGAUGGGCUCAUGAAAAUCUAUGUGCUGCAGCUGCUGUCUAGGACUAUGUUCGAAGUUGGCUUUCUUGUUGGUCAAUAUUUUUUGUAUGGGUUCGAAGUCAGUCCCACAUUUGUGUGUAGCAGGAAACCAUGCCCACACAAGAUCGAUUGUUUCAUUUCAAGGCCUACUGAAAAGACCAUUUUCCUUUUAAUAAUGUAUGGGGUAAGCUGCCUGUGUUUACUUUUGAAUGUCUGGGAGAUGCUCCAUUUGGGAUUCGGUACAAUCCGAGACACCUUAAACAGUAAAAGAAAAGAGCUGGAAGACUCUGGUACUUAUAACUACCCUUUUACUUGGAAUACUCCGUCUGCUCCUCCUGGCUAUAACAUUGCAGUCAAGCCAGAUCAAAUCCAAUAUACUGAAUUAUCCAACGCCAAAAUGGCCUAUAAGCAAAAUAAGGCUAAUAUCGCUCAGGAACAGCAGUAUGGGAGCAACGAAGAAAACAUUCCGGCCGACCUAGAAAACCUGCAGAGGGAGAUUAAAGUGGCUCAGGAACGUCUGGACCUUGCAAUCCAGGCCUAUAAUAACCAGAACAAUCCCGGCAGUUCCAGAGAGAAGAAAUCCAAAGCAGGCUCAAACAAAAGUAGUGCCAGUAGCAAAUCGGGGGAUGGCAAGACCUCUGUGUGGAUUUAAUGUUCGCGGAACUUGUACUUUUUUUCUUAGUUAAUGAUAACCAGCAAUUCACUGAAUAAUUACUUUCAUUAAGUAAACAUUUGACUCUGUUUAUCUUCAGGGAUACUGUCGGCUAGCGAUCCAAGCUCUCCAAAAGUUUAUGCACAUGCCCUAGAGUUACAGAAUUUUAUUCUUGUGUCUUCCAGGUCAGGAGAAGAACAGGUAUAUUUAAAUCAUUCUUGUUGAACGGUUUACACUGUAUGUACAGUAUUAUGGUGCAUUUAUUAUGCACAAUUUUUUGUAUUUGUACGUUGGACCUCUGCAGUUAUACUUUUUAUAUUAAAGAAAAGAAAACAAUACAGAUAAUGCUUAGCAUUUUGCUAGUUCUAUGACUGUGGUCAACAGACUUAUUUUUCUCUUUUUUUGUUUGAAAUGUGAAGCUGUCUGUGCUGCAUUUCAGAAGUGCCUUGUACAUGCGCACAAGACAGAGGAUACUUCAGUUACCUAGGGAGCCUAUUUAGUGUUGACUGCUUAUCAGCAGAGCAGUCAAGGGUUUGGAGAAUAUUUAAUGGUGCCACUGGUUACAUCUUUAUACAGUUAUGUGCAGCUCACAAAAUGGAAGUGUCAUAUACUAACCAGAAGGUGCCAGAAUGUUCUACCCUGUGGUUUACAUUAUUUAGACAAACAUAUGCAGGUUGGAAGGCAUCAGUUCAAAGCAAGAAUGCCAUACAUAAUUGGGGCAGGCAGGGUUUUGUAAGCUUUAUCCAACAGGGGAAAGAGAAACUUAGAACUACUAUAAAAUGUUCUAAAAAAAAAUAUGGGUAGAAAUUACUGUGUAUUCAAUAAUUCCAUGACAUUUAUGUGAAAUCCAUGAUAAGGUAUUUGUUUCGUAAGGUCUUACUAUAGCACAAAAACCAAUGAGGGCAUUAAAUUGUUACAGUAACUUCUGGAUAACUGGUUUUUGUU